GCUUCCACUUUGGCUAAAACAGAGUCCACAGCUUUCCGGUUUCCGGCGACCUAAACAUCCUAAACCGCCGGCGGUAUCAGCACCACCUCGACGGUUACCACUGACUCUGAGGGAGUGUUUAAAAUAAAAAGAAACAAAGGCUAUCUCCUUUUCUUCACGCAUUAAAAAAAAUGAAAUUUAGGUUUUCGCAGAGACUGCCGUUGUUUGCUCAUGGAACAAUCGUCAAUCGUCAGCGUCUCCGUCCAAAUUUGUUCUUCCUCCGUAAGCUGCAUACUACUACCAAGCAAGCCGGAGCUUCAAUUAACGGCGGCGGAAGUAGCAGCGACUCUAAAGGUAAUCCUUUUCUGGUACCUGGGGCAACUGUGGCAACUAUAUUGAUGCUUGGAGCUCUCCAUGCUAGACGUAUGUACAGUGACAAGAAAAUUGUAGAGGCAAGAGAAAGUGGCAUUGAACUCGAGAUCCAACCGGAUGUGAAAGCUAAGUUUCUGAGUAUGUUACCCCUGCGCUCCAUUUCAAGGUUUUGGGGUUCUGUGUCCAGCACGGAACUUCCUGUUUGGCUGCGUCCAUAUGCUCAUAGAGCUUGGGCUCGUGCGUUUCAUUCAAACUUGGAAGAGGCGGCCUUGCCUUUGGAUCAAUACGCGUCACUUAAAGAUUUCUUUGUUCGCACCCUGAAAGAAGGUUCCAGGCCAAUCGAUUCUGACCCUCGUAGUCUGAUCAGUCCUGUUGAUGGUACUGUCAUAAGAGUUGGAGAGCUGAAAGAAGGGGUUCUGAUCGAGCAAGUUAAAGGGUUCUCCUACUCUGUAUCUUCCCUUUUAGGGGCAGGCUCAUUCCUUCCUCUUAUGGCAGCCAGCGAUAUACAAGAAGAUAUUAGUUGUCAAGAAAAUAAUCUCAGGGAUGAGAGCAGAAAGUCAUGGUGGAGAAUUUCAUUGGCUUCGCCAAAACUUAGGGAGUCUUCUUCAUCACGUCCGAUGAAAGGUCUCUUUUACUGUGUUAUAUACCUGAGGCCAGGAGACUACCAUCGAAUUCACUCCCCAGUUGAUUGGAAUGUACUUCUUCGGCGGCAUUUUUCUGGUCGGCUCUACCCCGUGAAUGAGCGUGCUACCAGGACAAUAAAAAAUCUCUAUGUUGAGAAUGAAAGGAAUUCAUCUUUUCCAUGUUACCAGGUUGUCCUAGAAGGUAGAUGGCAAGAAGGUUAUAUAGCAAUGGCUGCAAUAGGUGCAACAAAUAUUGGCUCUAUCGAGCUUUUCAUUGAACCAGCUUUAAAGACUAACCAACCAAGAAAGAAGUUGCUCCAAUCAGAGGCCCCUGAAGAGCGGGUGUAUGAACCCGAAGGCACAGGAGUAAUGCUCAAGAAAGGAGACGAGGUAGCUGUGUUUAACAUGGGAUCAACGGUGGUGCUAGUUUUCCAAGCUCCUGCGUUGAAAAAACAAGAAGACGAAGCAUCAUCAUCAGAAUUCAAGUUCUGUGUCGAAAGAGGCGAUAAAAUACGAAUGGGAGAAGCUCUAGGACGGUGGCACGAUCUAUAACGCUUUAUAAGUGCACCUGUUAUUUGUGUUUUAGAGACAAUAGAGAAGUAAUUUAGAAGAGAAGCAUGGAGUAGAAUUUUGAUCAUGGGAAUUAGCAUUAGACAUGGUUUGGUCUUCUUUUUGGGUCCAGACCCCAUAUUUUCGUAGUUUAAUGAAUCUGAAACUGAACCAAACAGCUAUUAAGAUCGUUGCUGGUUUGAGUCUAGUUUUUGGGUCCAACAUUAUCAAUGAUAAAACUGCAAAAUAUCAAUCGACCAAAAGUACACCUAGUUCGGCCUCUCCUCUGUGAACCACU